GGUGUACACUUAGGGUUUAACAACAUGCUUUUGUUUAUAUCCGAAGACUCUGCUAUAGGGGCUUUCUUAAAACAUUAGGGUUCGUCGAAAACAGAAGUUAGGGAACCUAGCUCUUGAUUUUUUUUGCAGGUACAGGAGCUAAGAAGAAGGUGUCUCAAGGAUGACAACCAUAUCCGGGCAGCUCAUAUGGGAGAUCGUGAAGAGAAACAACUGCUUCCUCGUCAAGCAGAAUGGCAACAGCUCUGCCAAGGUUCAGUUCAGCAGCGAGCAUAACAAUCUCUACAAUUUGAACUCAUACAAGUUCUCAGGUUUAUCAAACAAGAAAACAGUUUCUAUCACACCUGGAGGUGAAGAUUUGGCUGUUGCUCUUGCAACAACAAAGACAAAGUGUCAACACAAGCCUGUAAAAUAUGUCCAUAGGUCCAUUCUGAAGAAGGAAUUCAAUAAAAUGGCCAAAGCUGUUGUCAACCAGGUUGCUGAUAAUUAUUAUCGCCCUGACUUAAAGAGACCAGCUCUAGCAAGGCUUAGUGCUGUGCAUAAAAGCCUCCGUGUGGCAAAAUCUGGUGGGAAGAAAUCCAAGAAAUCCAGGGUUAGCAAGAAAGCAUUCAGGAAGUGAAGCAGUAGCAUGAUAUGAGAUUCUAUAAUAGAGGUUGAUUUUUGUUUGAGUUGAAAUCAUUUGUUAUAGUAAUAUCUUCGAAGUGAUUAUCAAGGAGAAUUUUGCCUGAGAAUAUUGCAUUUGUGAGCACUGAUUUUUGUUUGGUAAUUAGACAUGCCCCUCUGACAUUCAUAUUCGAACGAUGUGGUAAAUUUAGUAGAUUUUAUUUGAGAUAUGUGAUAAAUUUAGUAGAGUUUUAUUUAA